CCUGUUCACGCCCUGUUUGUGAAAGUUCAUCUCUUGAUGUGGUGUUACUGUAAUGUCUUGUCUUCGGGUACCCCUCAAUGAGCUUUGCAGGAUAAGACUGGAUAAUGAAUAUAAGGCUACAAAUGCGAGAAAGCUUUUCAGUCCAGCCAGCAUGUCUGGUAGUUCGUGAUUGAUCCAAGGAUCUUGCCAGCUGUGUCUUGAAAGAAGCCAGGGUAUCUGCUUCAACAACAUGGCUGGACAGCUUGUUCCAGGCUCCCAUAACCCUCCUGUUGUUGGUUAGAAAUACACUUCCAUGUAACUUCUUGUGUCCUCUGGUUUGUUUCACUGUUUGUUUUUUGUCUGUGCUUUUGAGGAGUUUGACUACUAAUUUGCAUUUGGUUUCCUCAGGCUUUUCUAUUCAGGACUAAAAAGGUUCAGUUCAGGUCGGUAUAGGACAUUCUGUUAAGCCCUAGGAUGUAUCUCGUUGCUCUUCUCCUGACAGAUCCCAGAGAAUGAAUUUAUGAUCUGUUAAUUCAUAUGGGUUUUUUUUGUGUUGGGGUAGGGUUUAGAUUGUCAGACUGGAAUAAUUAAGACGCAAAACAAAGGCCCGUGCCUUUUUAGGUUGUCAUCGAUCAAGCAAAACAUCAAUUUAAUAACUUUCAGCUGAUCACUCAUAACCUCAUGACUUCCACACAGGACAAUAAAUAUCUCUUCUGAUCUGUCAGUUCUGGCACCCCUGGUAAUUCACGUAAGCUUGGUCUCUUAAGCGCUUUGUCCAGCUAGGUUACCUGUGGGAUUGAUACUUACUCCUGGAUGCUUGUAAAUGAUAAGGUGUAUUUGGAUAAGGUGACAAAGGUGUGGAGGUGUUGACUCUGGUAAUGGACAGCUCAUGGACACUGAUUCAGUAAAGCUCAGCACUCCUGUGUAACAAACACUGCAUAGCGGAUGUGUGUUUAACCCAUUAGAUCAAUCCCGUUUUUAAUUGGUUCGUUGCUGAAUCAUCAAAACCUGUUAGGAGCCGCCUGGGUUGCCUAGAGGAAAAGCACUGGACUGGCUAUCGCUCUCCGUGGGCCUGUUCCAGUGUGCAGCUGAGAAGGACGCUAAUUACACCCCCUUGCCCGAUCAAUUGAGCCUGACGUCAGUGAAGCAGCCAGCGCCAUCUGGCCUGAGGAGCAGGUACACAGCGAGUGAACUGAAAGGGGUUUCAUCACCUCCCUCCGAAAACCUGACCCGUGCCAUCUGUUGCACAUGGCCGGGAGCUGACCAUGCAAUCUGAAUUGGAGAGUUUCAGUCUCGAGCUGGGUCGGCAGACCAGGGGGCUGAUGGGCUACCUUAACCUUCAGCAGACGGAAGGUGGGGAAAGCGCUGGACUCCUGUGUGCGCAGGAAGCAUGUCGGAGAUGUUGGCUGCUGAAAGACAGUCGGGGAUCCGUCCAUGAGGGAUCUGUGUCUUAUAACGGGACGCGUUGGCGAUCUUGCAGUUUGUCUCUCUCUCUCUUUCGCCUCAUUUGCUACCCGCACGUCUCUUCCAGUCACUCCGGCUGCCACGUGGCUUGUGAACGGCCCCUUUCUGUUCACCUGGUUACCUGCUGGAGACGGCAACCAGUGUGCAAACAUGAGAGACGGCCCUUCGAGCCCUAAUGAGCUGCCUGCCAGAGUAGAGCAGCCCAGCUGUUGUUUGUCUGUUUUUUCAUCUUCGCAGUGCUCCAGAAUUUGGUUUUAAGGCGCUGGUAUGUCUCCUUGGCAGCGGGGGAGCCCCCGCGGGGCAAAUACGCCAUCGGGAUUGUCAGGCUCUGGUCAAAACUGCGAGGAAAGUUUCAAGCUUUCCCAAGUCUGGAUGGGCAGCAGCACCUUGCCUCCCCCCACCACCCACAAGCUCCUCCACCUCUCGUCUCUCACUGCCGACCGCCUGCGGUCUCAGUGUCCAGACCAGUUGGGGAUCCGCAAGAGAGCAGACAUGGACUCCAACUCCACCACAACCUUCUUUGCCCUGUCCCAGUCCUUCAGCAUCUCCGACAUCAUCGUCAUAGGGGCCUAUUUCCUGCUCAACGUGGCCGUGGGCAUCUGGUCCUCCUGCAGGGUCAGCAGGAACACGCUCAGUGGGUACUUCCUGGCCGGGAGAGACAUGGCGUGGUGGCCGAUUGGGGCGUCUCUCUUUGCCAGCAGCGAGGGCUCGGGACUCUUCAUCGGGCUGGCCGGCACCGGGGCCGCGGGGGGCAUCGCGGUGGCCGGGUUCGAGUGGAACGCCACCUAUGUGCUGCUGGCGCUGGCGUGGGUGUUUGUCCCCGUGUACGUCUCCUCCGGGAUUGUCACCAUGCCAGAGUACCUGGGGAGGCGCUUCGGGGGAGAGAGGAUCCGGAUGUAUCUGUCGGCCCUGUCGCUGCUGCUGUCCGUCUUCACCAAGAUCUCGGUGAGCACGGUCUCCGCGGCAGGGUUCUCUGGACCGGCAGCUUUCAACAAAAUCGGAGGCUACCAUAAUCUGGAAGAGGUCUACCUCAGGGCAGUGCCCUCCAAGAUCAUCCCCAACACCACGUGCCACCUGCCGCGGGCCGAUGCCAUGCACCUGUUCCGCGACCCUGUGGCCGGCGACUUGCCCUGGACCGGCAUGACGUUCGGCCUCACCAUUCUUGCCACGUGGUACUGGUGCACCGACCAGGUGAUUGUCCAAAGGUCCCUAUCUGCCAAGAAUCUCAGCCAUGCUAAGGGAGGGUCAAUUCUGGCCAGUUAUCUCAAGAUGCUGCCCAUGAUCUUUAUAAUCUUGCCCGGGAUGAUAAGCAGAGCCCUCUACCCAGACUCAGUGGGCUGUGUGGAUCCAGAGGAGUGUGUCAAGGUUUGCGGUGCAGAAGUAGGCUGCUCCAACAUCGCCUUCCCCAAACUGGUCAUCGAGCUAAUGCCCAGCGGCCUGCGCGGGCUGAUGAUCGCGGUGAUGAUGGCGGCCCUCAUGUCCUCCCUCACCUCCAUCUUCAACAGCUCCAGCACGCUCUUCACCAUGGACAUCUGGAAGAAGUUCCGGCAACAUGCCAGCGAGAAGGAGCUGCUGCUCGUGGGGAGAAUCGUGACCGUGAUCCUGGUGGCAGUCAGUGUGGUGUGGAUCCCCAUCCUUCAGAGUGCCAACAGCGGGCAGCUGUACGUCUACAUCCAGUCGGUCACCAGCUACCUGGCCCCCCCUGUCACCGCCAUCUUCGUGCUGGCGGUCUUCUGGAGGAGGACCAAUGAAGCGGGUGCAUUCUGGGGGCUGAUGGUCGGGCUGGCGAUCGGCCUGGUGCGCAUGAUCAUGGAGUUCGUGUACCCGCCCCCCCGCUGCGGUGUGCCGGACCCCCGGCCCCCCGUGCUGAGCAGCGUCCACUACCUGCACUUUGCCAUCAUCCUGUGCGCUCUGACUGCGGGCGUGGCAGUGCUGGUCAGCCUGCUGAGCGCCCCCCCCUCCGAGGAGCAGAUCAAGAACCUGACUUGGUGGACUCUGUCACAGGAGAAAGACAGCCCUGUCAUCCCCCUGCAGAAAGUAUCUUCCACGAGCACAGCGUCAGAUCAAAGGACGGACAGUGGUGGCCCGGAGUGGCAUGGUCACUGCGCACGGAGCAGCGCGCUCUGCAGGGCCCGGUCGCGCACGAGUGGGGUACCCAAGCGCCCCGUCAUCUGCAGCACUAGGGAGAACCCCUUCUGGGCCCGCGUCUGCUGCAUCAACGCCAUCGUCCUCAUCUGCGUCAACAUCUUCUUCUACGCCUACUUCGCGUAACGAGAUCUUUUGAUUCUGGCGGGGUGGGCGAGUUUGCUCUUUACACAUCCGACCUUUGACCUCCUGGGCACCUUGCUGCCGAUUGUGUGCGGCGAGGAAAGUGUGAUCCUAAUUUAUUGCGUUUAUGCAGCUUGAGGUGGGCCGAGGGCAUGUUUGGAAGGGAAGAAAAGCGGAAAAGUAAUGAAAUUAGAGGAAACGUAGAGAGUUGUUGCUGUAUCAAUCAAUGGCCACACAGGCA